GUCCUUUGAAAGAAUUUCAAGCCAGUUAACUGCGAUGUAUUUUCUGUGGCUAAUUUCUAUGAUCGCUGCGGCCAUGUGCCAAGAGUACGGCUAUAUGUCUGAACAAGGAGUCCCGACUCCAAGUAACUGGUCCAAGGUCUUUCCGUUGUGUGGAGGAAAAUUCCAGUCUCCCGUAAACAUCGAAACAAAGAAAGUGAAGAAGAAAAGCUAUCCUGAUCUUAAGAUUAGCUUUGACAACCCAUGCGGCCGAGUGACUGGAGAACUACUUAAUGCUGGCCAUUCUCCUGUUGUCAACAUCGACAGUUCAAAGGGAGGCGCUAAACUCAGUGGCGGUCCUUUGGAUUGUGACGAGUACGCUCUUCAACAAUUCCAUUUUCAUUUUGGAUGCGAAAAUAGUCGUGAUGAUCCGGACGCUGUAGAAGAGGAAGAGGUGGACGCAAAAAAGAAAAUAAAAUACUACACUUACAAGGGCUCCCUUACCACACCUCCCUGCUAUGAAUCUGUCACCUGGAUCGUUUUCAAGGACAAAAUCAAGAUCUCCAAUACCCAGCUCAAAAAGUUCAGGAAGUUGAAGGCUCAGUAUGGAGGUGCUCCAGGUUUGAUGUGUGACAACAUUAGGCCUGUACAACCGUUGCACAAACGCAAGGUGUACUCUGUCCUCUCCAGCCGAGACUGAAAGGACAAUCACCUUGUUUUGCUAAUAACCACUCACCCUUACAAAGGCUCCAAAUAUAAACCGCACAAGGAAUGAAAAUGUCGCUUUAACACUGCACAUCAUCACAGUACUUAUCCGGAAGUGUCCUAAUACAGCUCCGCAUGCUGCAACACAAACUAUCUCUGUUUGCAGCUGAGCCAGGAAGCGAGAAAUUUCGAACCUGGAUGUUCGACACAUCUAAAACCAAUAUUGUAGCCCACGAACAAGUUUCUGAGAAUUUUCUUCCCUUAAAUCUUUCUCUUCGCCCAUGAAACUUCUCACGCUCUGGUGAAUCACUUAAUGAAUUCCUAACAUAGACAGCGCAUAAGCUUUAAACAGAGGUUAGAUGUAUCUGCUGGAUAUUUCAUAAAAAAACGGGGCGGGGAAGGGAGACGCGAGGGUCUUACCAUGACUCCGGUCCCAUUGGCCAGAAGAUUCUGUAUCAUCAAACUGUUAAAACUAUCAUGAUGCAUCCUUACCUCUCUCCCCCCUCUCCCCUCCCCCCUGUCCAUGGUUACCGUCUCGGGUCAAGAGGAUAUGGACUGAAUUUCCUGUCUUUGAAGGGGGAGGGGGUGGUAGGAGUUAGGAAUGAUGCAGGGUAGGUGGACAGGGGGAUGAAAGCGUAUUUUGUAAUAGUAUUUUGAUUUCUAAUAUUUUUGUUCACGACGCCCGAAUUCAAGGAAAAAACAUGUAAUAGUUUGCUAAAACAGAACAAAAAACCUGUAAAAAUGGGGAUGAAAAACAAAAGAGGCAACGGGAUUGGGGAAAAUUUACUCAAAUUAUGACUACAAAUUUGUAAAAUGUCAGCGUUUUUUUUAAUAAAAUCUAAUCAUUGAAUAUA